AUGGCACACUCAUGCGUCUCCACAUCGGCCUCGUCACUCAGAUUCAGCUCUCUUCCCUUCUAUCCGAACCCUUCAGUCGGCUCCGCUCCCGAUACCCACAAGCUCUCUUUCGCUUUCCACCCUCUCCGUUCCAGGAAAUUGAGAAAGUUAAUUAGUGAUAGAAAGACUAUCCAGACAUCUUCAGUGAAGUCUGUUUACUCUGGUGAGUUUUGGGUACCCGAGAGUAGUUCGCGACAAGGGAUCUGGUCUAUAAGGGAUGAUGUGCAAAUCCCUUCUUCACCCUACUUCCCUGCCUAUGCCAAUGCUCAAGCACAAGGACCACCUCCGAUGGUGCAUGAACGAUUCCAGAGUGUUAUCAGUCAACUUUUUCAAUAUAGAAUUAUACGCUGUGGGGGAGCUGUUGAUGAUGAUAUGGCAAACAUUAUCGUUGCUCAACUUCUUUAUCUCGAUGCUGUUGAUCCUAACAAGGAUAUUGUUAUGUAUGUGAAUUCUCCUGGAGGAUCAGUUACAGCUGGCAUGGCAAUAUUUGACACAAUGAGGCAUAUCCGACCUGAUGUCUCCACUGUCUGUGUUGGACUGGCAGCUAGUAUGGGGGCUUUUCUGCUCAGUGCUGGGACCAAAGGAAAAAGAUACAGCUUGCCGAAUUCAAGGAUAAUGAUCCAUCAGCCUCUUGGUGGAGCUCAAGGGGGGCAAUCUGACAUAGAUAUCCAGGCAAACGAAAUGUUGCAUCACAAGGCAAACCUAAAUGGGUAUCUGGCCUACCACACUGGUCAAAGUCUUGAUAAGAUCAAUCAGGAUACAGAUCGUGAUUACUUCAUGAGCGCAAAAGAAGCCAAGGACUACGGGCUUAUUGAUGGUGUUAUCUUGAACCCUCUCAAGGCUCUCCAGCCGCUGACAGCUGCAGCAGAUCAACAAUGA